CACAACUAAUUUCAGGAUGAAUUAUUUAAUCUUCCCCUCACCUCUAUAUAAGCCGAAGCAAUUAUACCCAUUCCUCCGCAACCCUAAUUUUCAAUUUAAAAAGAAAACCCCAAUUUAGUGUUCACAGAAAGAUUGCAUUUUUAGGAAAGAAUGGCAGCGUGUAUUAAUAAUUCCAGAAAUCAGUGUACAUACAUUACAGUUGAUUCUCGCUGCUCCCAGAUAACUAACUCUUUGAGCAAGAUCAUCAAACUCUGCAUAUCCAAUUCGAGCAGCAGACCCAUAAAUCAAUAUGCUUUUUGUACCCAAGAAAAACACUGUGAAAAUCAAGAAAAACACAGUGAAGAUCAGACAUGGCAGAAAAUCCGACAGGAGGCGGAAUUCGAUUCAGCCCAAGAACCCAUCUUGUCUGAAUUCUACAAUUCCGCCAUUUUAUCCCACACUUCACUGGAAAGCGCGCUGGCCAACCAUUUAUCUCUGAAAUUGUGUAACCCUAGUCUAUCGAGAGACGCCCUUUACGGGGUCUUCUGCAAAGCCCUAAUCGAAGAAGACGGCGGCGGAAUCCGGCGAGCAAUCAGAGACGAUCUCAAGGCGGUGAGGGAACGCGACCCCGCCUGCGUGAGCUACGUACACUGCCUACUGAAUUUCAAGGGCUUCCUCGCGUGCCAGGCACACAGGCUGGCCCACCAUUUCUGGAUCCGCGGCCGGACCGUGCUGGCGCUGCUCAUCCAGAACCGCGUCUCCGAGGUUUUCGCGGUGGAUAUUCACCCGGCGGCGGAGAUCGGGAGUGGGAUUGUGUUCGAUCACGCGACCGGAGUUGUGAUCGGGGAGACGGCGGUUGUCGGAAACGAUGUCACGAUCCUGCAUAGCGUGACUUUGGGCGGGACGGGGAAGGUUGAGGGGGACCGGCAUCCGAAGAUUGGAGAUGGGGUUGUGAUCGGCGCCGGAGCUAAGGUUUUGGGGAAUAUUAGAGUUGGGGAGUACGCGAAGAUUGGAGCUGGGUCUGUUGUGUUGAAGGAGGUUCCGCCGCGAGCGACGGCGGUCGGAAAUCCUGCCAGACUGGUGGGAUUCAGAUGAGGGGAAAGGGAUUUGACUUUCUCAGUUCCUCGUUGACCAUUAUUAAUGUAAUAACAAUAAGAUUAAAAAAGUACUCACUUCGAGAACUUUAAUAAUUAUAUUAUUGCUAUUUUUUUAUUUUUUUU